GGAAGUCGAGAGUUGGCGGUGUUGUUGACAAACAGGCGGCGGCGAGUCACCGUGGAGGGAACAUCACUGCUCUCCUCUGCUUUCACACCUUCCUGCGGCAUCUUGAGUCCAGUGGUGUGCUGGUGAAGCGCUAUAAAUAAGGCAGAGUAAGGGAAAGCCGCCAUGCCUGUGGAGAACCUGGAAGAGCAGGGGCUAGAGAAGAACCCGGACCUCCACCUGGCGCAGCUCAAGUUCAAGCUGACCCUCAGUGAAUUCAAGAAUGACCCAGCCAUCAAGGAGGAGCUGGUCCAGGCCAUCGAGAAGGAUAACAUGGCACCUUUCUACGAGGAGUGUUGCCGGGACCUUGGGUGGCAGCUGGACUCAGGGCUGGUGGAGCGGAUGAAGAAGGAGAAUGAGGCGGAACUGAAGACCAUGAACGAGGCGAUAGACGAGGCAGAGAAGUCCAUGGGAGAGACAGAGAUCCGGGAGGCCAACCUGAAGAAGGCAGAGUACUUGUCGCGUAUUGGAGACAAGGAGGAGGCAAUCAAAGCAUUCGCCAAGACCUACGACAAGACCGUCUCCCUGGGCCAGCGCCUUGACCUGGUCUUCCACAACAUCCGCCUUGGCCUCUUCUACCUCGACCACUCACUCAUCACACGCAACCUGGAGAAGGCAAAAAGUCUGAUUGAGGAAGGAGGAGACUGGGACCGCCGCAACAGACUCAAGGUGUAUGAGGGAGUGUACUGCAUGGCCAUCCGAGACUUCAAGAAAGCCGCCAACCUCUUCCUGGACACCAUCAGCACCUUCACCUCAUACGAGCUGAUGGACUACACCAGGUUUGUGGGGUACACAGUGCUGGUGUGCAUGAUUGCUCUGCCUCGGAAUGACCUGCGCACUAAGGUGGUCAAGGGGUCCGAGAUCCAGGAGGUGCUGCACUCUUCACAGGACCUCAAGACUUACCUCCUCUCCCUCUAUGAAUGCCAGUACCAGACAUUCUUCCAAAAGUUGGCCUGGGUGGAGAAUGAGCUGCAACACGACCGUCUGUUAGCACCUCACUACCGGUACUACGUGAGGGAGAUGAGGAUCCUGGCCUACACACAGCUGCUGGAGUCCUAUCGUUCCCUCACCCUCCAAUACAUGGCCACAGCCUUCGGAGUCUCCACAGAGUUCAUUGAUAGGGAGUUGUCACGGUACAUUGCUGCUGGCCGCCUGCACUGCAAGAUAGACAAAGUUGGAGGCAUCGUGGAGACCAACCGACCAGACUCCAAGAACUGGCAGUACCAAGCAGUCAUCAAGCAUGGAGACAUCUUGCUCAACCGAGUACAGAAGUUGUCUAGAGUCAUUAAUAUCUAGCUACACUUGGUGUUUUCUAUACUUCACUUACACACUUUGUUGUACUGUAGGGUCAUUGGAGGAGGAGGAUGUCUAUACAGCAGUUUUAAAGUUGGUUUUUGUCCUCUAACUUUUGAAGGAUGGAACUGAAUCGUUAUUUAUGACUGUGACAGAAACUAGGAACUUAAUAAAUUUCUUGUAUA